GCAGUGUACACGGAACAUGCUUACGAUGUGUGUACACUAUGUAUGAAAUAGUACUCUCUAUACCAUAUGUAUAUUUCUUAGGUUAUGUGUAGCUGGUAAAUCAAAUUGUAUACACACUUUGCUCAAAAGUUUAACUUGAAUAAAAAAAAAUUAAAACGAUUUUUUACUUUAAAAAUGUCAAGAAGGAAAGGAAAGGGGUAUAAAAAUUGGAUGGAUCCAACUUGCAAAAAACGAAUUCCUAAAUCUACAGAGUACUUGUAUAAACAUAAAAUGUUAAAAAGUUUACUUGAGAAUAGCGAAAUCAGUGAGGAAGAAAAUCAUGAUUCAUUACCUCAUGAUAUACAAUCUCCUGUUUCUCUGCCUGUUCAAAAUCUAGAUUAUCAUUCUGAAGACUUCACACAUAUUGGAGAGAAUUGUUUUAUUUACAGUGAAAUGGAAAAUAAUAAUAACGAAGAUUGGAUUAAUGCUUUUACAAAUAACAAUAGUGUACAAAGUGAAAUUUGUGAAGAAAGUGUACAAAGUGAAAGCUGUGAAGAAAAUACAGUUUACGAAGAAGAAAACAACAAAUCAAUUACAAAACAAUUUAAGAAAAAUCAGUAUUUAAACAAAAAAUUGCAGAAAAAAACAAACGUCAGGUAUGGUGAGAUUAUUUUAAUGUGCAUUAUGCUAGGCGUACGUCAUUCUCUUACUUGGACAGCCAUGCUUGAUAUUUUUAAUUUAAUUAAUAAAUUAUUUGACGAAGAUGUCAUACAUUUAAGUAAAUACAAAUUGUUCAAUUUCUUUCCUGAAAAUAAAAAGUGGUUUAAUUAUCAUAUUUAUUGUCCAGUAUGUAAAAUUUAUAUUGGAAAUCGUUCACAUUUUUCAAAUACUAUAGUUUGUCCUUCUUGUGAACAUGUGAUAGAAAAUGUUAAGAAAUCUCCGUAUUUUUUAACACUGAAUAUAAAAUCACAACUAAAACAACUAUUGGAUAAUCCGAUGAUCAAUAAACACCUUCAGUAUAAGUAUAUUCGACAAAAACAAGACAGUAAGAAUAUUGAAGAUGUGUAUGACGGCGACUUGUAUGAAUAUUUAUCUUUACCUGGAAUGUUUUACACGACAAAUGGAAUUUUUCAUAUAUACUAAACACUGAUGGGUGUCAAACUAGUGACUCGAGCAAAGUGAGUGCAUGGCCAGUUUAUCUAAAAAUCAAUGAGUUACCACCAAAAAUAAGAGACAAACAUAUGAUAUUAGUAGGUUUAUGGGUAAACGAGGAAAAACCGGUUUUGAAUACUUUUUUGCAGCCUAUAAUUACAGAAUUAAAUGUCAUCGCAACAGAAGGAAUAGAAUGGAAAAUGGAUGAUGAAACAAUAAAAUCAAAAUUUAUAGCCUUAUGCUGUUGUGUGGAUUCUGUUUGCAGAUGUUCUUUAUUAAAUAUGAAGCAGUUUAAUGGAAUUUUUGGUUGUACAUUUUGUUACCAUCCAACAGAAAAUGUCGAAGGAACUAGGAAAUAUCCAAUAGAUGAAAAUGUACAUCUGCUCCGAACUCAUGAUAAAAUUGUUCAGGAUAUGAUUUUAACGAGAUCAGUGAAUUCACAAUCUGGACAGAUUGAGACGCAAGAGGUUAAUGGAGUAAAAGGACCAUCCAUAUUAUUAAAUUUGGAGUAUUUCAAUUUAAGUGAUGGAAUGACUCCGGAUAGCAUGCAUUGUGUAUAUCUAGGUGUGACAGAACAAUACACAAAUUUAAUUUUAGGCCGAUGUCAUGAACCUUAUUACGUAGGAGCACCAAAUGAUUUAUCAGUCAUUGAUGCUCGCCUUCUGUCAUUUAAAUCUCCAAAAAUAAUUACAAGGACGUGUAGAUCUUUGACUAACAGAAAUUCAUGGAAAGCCUCGGAAUGGCGUUCUUGGUUACUUAAUUACAGUCUUGUAUCCUUACAGGGAAUAAUUCCAAACAAGUAUUUAACGCACUUGUCAAAACUCGUAGCAGCAAUAGAAAUUUUAAUAAGUGAUUCUAUCAUACCUGAAAAAUUAAGUGUUGCACAAAAUUUAUUAGUUGAAUUUGUCGUCUACUUCCAAAGCUAUUUUGGUAAAGAACAGAUGACAUACAAUAUUCAUUUAUUGCUGCACCUUACAAGAAGUGUAAUUAAUUUAGGACCUUUAUAUGUGCACGAUGCAUUUGCUUUUGAAAACGAAAAUCGAUUACUUUUACAGAUGAAAACCAGUCCUACUGAUAUACCAGUUCAGAUAGCAAAAAGAUACAUGUUCUACAGAUCAAUUCCUUCAUUUUGCCAAAAUUUCGAGAUAGGAAAUAGAGUUGUUGAAUUUACUGAAGAUUUUGAAAGUCGUCUGAAAUAUUAUGUAAGAGUUGACAAAGCUAUUUUAAUUAAUGGGACGAGUUAUGAACUAUCUGAAGAAGAACAACAACUGGGUUAUAGUGGUAUAUGUUGCAGUUACAAAAAGCUCAUUUACAAAGGAAUUCGUUACACAACCAGUGCGUAUGCACAAAAUUUAAAAAUUAAUGAUUCAAUUAUAGAAACAAAGACUGGUCAUACAGGUAUUAUAAAGAAAAUAUGUUUUUUUUAUGACGACAGUCAAAAUAAAAUAGUGGUUUUUUUUAAUCCUAUUAUAUUAAAAAAAAAAACCAAUCUUUAAUUUACGUCACAUUAGUCACAUUAAAGAAUGUAUAAUUAAAUAUAACAAACUAGAUGUAUGUCAAUUAGAAGAUUUGAAGGGGCAGUGUAUUUUAAUGGCAGUAAAUGCAAAAAAUUACAUUUGUAAAAUAAAAAGAGGAUGUCUCGGUGAUUAAUGAUGUGUAUAUUUUAAUAAAUUAUUUUUUACAUGUUUUACAAUAA